ACUGCGCGAUCCGAACGAGCACAUCUGCGAUACGCGACAGUACGCGGCUUACGUGAAGGUGCGCCACUAUAGGGACUGGAUAGGGAGCAUCUGCCACACGCCCAGCCCGGAUCCUGCCGUGAAAAGUGAAAAGCUUACCAUGCCUUCACCGCCGGCCAAGACACCGGCCGGUGACGCUGGACGACCGGAAAGAAACUGUGGAAAACGGAAGAUCACCGCACAGCCGCUCAUUGUGAACGGGGUGCGUAGCUUAUCUGGCGAGUGGCCAUGGCAUGCGGCGGUCUUUGCCCUUUCGAAGCGCUCCCGGGAGUACGUUUGCGGUGGAACGCUCAUCAGCGAGGGCUACAUUAUGACGGCAGCAAGCUGCGUACGCGAUUGGCAUUUCCGGAAGCGACCGUUUGUGGUGCAGCUGGGACAGAAUCAGCUGUUCGAUGGAGCUACGACAUCGCGUGAUGUGCGCGUCAUGGCGGUUGAGACGAGCGACGACAGCCAGAUGGCACUGUUACGGCUUGAGACCGAUGUUCGAUUCAGUGAUUUCAUACAACCGAUUUGUCUGCCGGCCGGUGACGAUGAGUCGUCUGACGAGGAGGGCGCCGAUCAUCGGAGUGGCUUCAUUGCUGGCUUUGGCCAAACGGACCCAGAGGGAGAUGUGUCACCAAGUUUGCAAUCCACGAGCAUGCCUAUCGUGGAUAACAAUUUGUGUAUACUUUAUCGCAUCUUUGAGCAGCGCCAUGCAAAGGGUAUGCUCUGCGCAGGUCAUGGUAAUGGUACCAACGCCUGUCUCGGUGAUCAAGGUGGAGGAUUCUACGAACGUGACGCGGAAGGUACCUGGACCGUCACCGGGGUCAUCAGCAAGAUCAACAUUUACCGGAAACGGUGCGAUCCUCAUGGGUAUGUGGCGAUCGCCGAUGUGAUGCACUACCUGUCGUGGAUUAUGGAGCAAAUGGGCGAUCCCGGUAGCCAGCCCGGAAGGCGUGAGGAAGGAGCUUCCAGUAAUUCCAAGGAAUCUCGGGGCAAGCAUCACCACCGGCACCGGCAUCGUCAUCACCAUCGCCAUCGUAAUGGUUCGGGAGAGAGCGGUUCGCGUGAGGGCAGCAACGAAAGCAACGAUCGAUCGAUUGUCUCGUCCGUGAAGAACGUAAUGCAGGCAAAGAUCGAUCUGGUGAAAGAUGUGCAUGGGGCGGCCAGCUCUACCAUUAAAAAGAUUUUCGGAUAGUACAUACGA